AGCAACACACCCUACACCUGAUUUUGUUACCCAAUCAUACCAAACAAAAUCAGAGAGAGAGACAUGAAGCUUCUUGUAACUAUUUUCUAUGCAAUCAUCUUUUUAUCUUCUCUUUUCUCGUAUUAUCUAUUCAAGAAAGAAAGGAGAAGGCAUAAACAAACAGCUAGGCUUCCUCCCGGUUCAAUGGGGUGGCCUUGCAUUGGAGAGACUCUACAAAUGUACUCACAAGACCCGAGUGUUUUUUUUGCCUCAAAGCAGAAAAGAUAUGGAGAUAUAUUCAAAACUAGAAUACUUGGAUGCCCUUGCGUUAUGCUUGCAAGCCCUGAGGCUGCUCGCUUUGUGCUGGUGACUCAACCUCACUUGUUCAAACCUACGUACCCAAAAAGUAAAGAGAAGUUGAUCGGACCUUCAGCCCUGUUUUUUCACCACGGAAGUUACCAUGCUCGCAUGAGAAAGCUAGUUCAAAGCUCAUUUUCUCCUGAAGCAACCCGCAAGCUGAUUCCUGAUAUUGAAACAAUAGCCAUAUCCAGCCUGGAAUCAUGGGCCAAUGGUCAAGUUAUUAGCACCUUCCUCGAGAUGAAGAAGUACGCUUUUGAGGUAGGCAUUUUGUCUAUCUUUGGUCAGUUGAACAAGACAUAUACAUAUCAGUUGAAGGAGAACUAUAGCAUCCUAGAAAAAGGUUACAAUUGUUUCCCAACAAAGUUGCCAGGAACUGCAUAUCAUAAAGCUUCAAUGGCAAGGAGAAGGCUUAAUCAGAUUCUUGAAGAGAUUGUCCGAGAAAGGAAGGAGAAUAAAUUGGUAGCGGGCAAUCUCUUAGGUCAUCUCCUGAACUUCAGAGACCAAAAGGGAAACACGUUAAGUGACCAACAAAUAGCAGAUAACAUCAUUGGGGUACUGUUUGCAGCUCAAGAUACAACAGCUAGUAUCCUAACAUGGAUACUGAAAUAUCUUAACGAUGAUCCCAAACUUCUAGAUGCUGUUAAGGCAGAGCAGAAGGCAAUUUGCGAAUCUGAAUAUGGAGGGAACCCGACCUUGACUUGGGCAAAGACAAGAAAAAUGCCACUAACAUAUAGGGUAAUACUAGAGAGCCUGAGGAAAGCGAGUAUUAUAUCUUUUACUUUUAGGGAAGCAGCAGUUGAUGUUGAAUACAAGGGAUACCUUAUUCCAAAAGGUUGGAAAGUGAUGCCGUUGUUUAGGAACAUUCACCACAAUCCCGAAUUCUUCACUGAUCCCGGAAACUUUGAUCCGUUCAGAUUUGAGAAUCCUCCAAAACCGAACACAUACAUGCCAUUUGGCAAUGGAAUACAUGCUUGUCCAGGAAAUGAACUUGCGAAGCUUGAGAUGUUUGUGCUACUACACCACAUGCUUAUGAAGUAUAGGUGGGAAUUGGUGGGUUCAGCAAGCUUAAUACAGUAUAGUCCAUUCCCAGUUCCAGAGCAUGGCCUCCGAGUUAGGUUCAAGAAAGAAUUUUGAUGAGAUUCUCCUAGCAAGAAUGCCUCUUUAAUUCAGUUAACAAUUUAGUACAUAAUGCAUGCCCUAUGUUUUUGUCCAGGGUCUAGCUAGCUACCUAAUCCUUUCUGUAAUCAUGUUAAUAUUUGUGUUCAUGAUGUCAAAAGUUCCAUUGUAGUUUAUUACCACUGUGCCUAUAUGUAUGCAACAAUAAAG